AUCAUGUCCAGCACUUCAGAAGAAAUUGUUAUCAUAGGUGCCGGAAUCAUCGGGAGCACGAUAGCCUACUACAUUACACGACAUCCACGCUUCUCGAGCAACACACGGAUCAUUAUAUUGGAAGCCUCCAAAGUUGGCGCUGCACAAGGCGCCUCCGGUAAAGCUGGUGGACUGGUAGCUCGCUGGGCAUAUCCGAAGGAGCUGGUGAACGUCUCCUUCCCAGAACAUGUCCGUCUCGCGGAGGAGCAUGGUGGGGAACACCGGUGGGGCUGGCGGUUUGUGAAGGUUGGGAACUGGGAGGGGCACGGGGAGCGUAUCAACAGGACAGAGCCGGAUGCCAGUGGGAGGCUUGGCAAGUGGACUAGCCUGGAGAAAGAACAUGGGCUGGACGGUGGACGGCGAGGACAUCACCAAGGUGCCGCGCUACCGAAAGACCUGAACUGGGUCAAGCCAGAGCUUACAGAAAGCUACUCCUCCAUGGCGCCCGACGGUCAUACGGCCCAAGUCCACCCAUAUCUCUUCACUACGAGCAUGCUCGAACUUGCGAAGGAGAAAGGAGCGGAUCUUAUUCUCGGUCAAGCAAAGAGCAUCGAACGCGAGAACGGGAAGGUCGUCGGUGUGACGUACAUCGAUUAUACCUCCGGAGAAAUGAAAAUGCUACCCGCUACCAAAAUUAUCCUUUCGGCAGGCGCGUGGAGUCCAUCGCUUGUUCCAACCAUACCGGUCUCGGGAACUCGCGCACACUCCAUCACGAUCAAGGCGGGGGAGCAUAUCGCGCCGUACUGUCUCUUCACCGAGAUACAACUCCCUACAUCGUCUGGUGGAAGCAAGUUAGUCACACCGGAGAUCUACGCCAGACCAGACGAGGUUUACGCAUGCGGAUCCGGCGACAAAUCGACCUUGCCGCCCAGCGUAGAUGAAGUCGAGGUCGACGAAGCAGCGUGCGACAGCAUCGAAACUCACGUGGCGAGCAUCAGCGAUCAGUUGAGGUUCGGUACGGUGCAAGCGCGGCAGGCAUGUUUUCUCCCUGUGGUCAGUACCGGCGGCGGACCUAUCAUCGGGGAAGCAAAGAAGGUGGCGCAGGGAUUGUUCAUAGCCACGGGACAUACUUGCUGGGGGAUCUGCAACGCACCGGGCACUGCGAAGGCAUUGAGCGAGCUUGUCAUGGACGGAAAGAUUAGUUGCGCAAAGCUCGGCACUCUGGACCCUUCACGAUACCUGUUAUAGUCAAUGGGUGUACCGACAUUCAAAGAACGGGAACUGUUUCGCCGCAAAGCGACCUCCGAUUGGCCAAUUGUGCGUUGCGAUCCAACAGCUUUGGAUAUUUGCUUGCCAUCAGCUAUCCAAGAUUCGGGAAAUAUAUUGGCAAGGUAUUUGUUCGCUGGUGGGUACCUCCGGUGGUGCCUGACAAGACCGUCUGCAUGCAUCUGUACUGCUGUACAGAAGAUCACGAAAUACGUUUAACAUGCUGUUGGAGGCCCCCGAUGGCUACGGACCCUAGUCGCGAUACCCUGGUCUUGAUUCGUUAACCCUUUGCCGAUAUCCCGAACCACCGACAGUUCCUGACGCGGUCGGAUUCUCCACCUCGCUCGCGACACAACGUACAGAAAGGUACAUCUGGGCGGUCACUUCGGCGAUUUCCCCAAGAAGCGGCAUUAUGCACGCUGUCGGCUGCGCGUCUACGCGUGCGAGAGGGGAUGUUGUUGCCCUCACCUUCGAUGUCGACGUGCCAUCUCCUGCCGAUAGGAUUGUUGUCAGGGAUCUGGGUAUCAAGCUUAACCAGGACGUGAUUGGCUACGUCUUCGACCCUCUCAGAGGUCGCUUAUGCUUCGAAGUAACUGGCGCGUGCAAUACCAUACGAGUACGUGUAGAUAAAGUGUAAUAGGGUAGCUGAUUGCCAUAGAUCCUG